AUGGAGAAGAAGGAUAUCAUUUCAACAUCAGGCAAGUCGACCCCAGCACAAUUUAUUGCGGACAUGUACGCGAAAGUCGAAAGUGAACGUCUUGUUUUCAUUCGCUUAAAUCAAAAGAAGCUGCGCGUUGAAGAAUACGUUCAUUUACGUGAUGCAGUUGCUAUUGAUGGAAACAUUGCUGACAUUGGACAAAUGGUAAUUUUACCUGUAACAUAUACAGGAAGCUCGCGACACAUGCACGAAUACGGGCAAGAUGCUAUGACCGUUAUAUCAGCCGAGCUUCCAAAUCAAGCUGAAGAUCCCAUUCUUUUUGAAAUAAACAAGAAAAAUAUGAUUCAUGGGCCAUGCGGUACUUUUAAUCCUAAUUCACCAUGCAUGCAAAACGGCAAAUGCACAAAGCGAUAUCCACGUGAGUUGAUUACUGAAACUCAAACUGGAGGUGAUGGAUAUCCUCUGUAUAGGCGAAGAAAUCCCACUAAUGGUGGAUACACAACUACUAUUAAGAUGCGAAGUGUAGAUAUCGACAUAGACAAUAGAUGGAUCGUGCCAUACUCGCCACUACUUUCAAAAAUGUUUAAUGCUCACAUCAAUGUUGAGUAUUGUAAUUCGGUAAAGUCCAUAAAAUAUAUUUGUAAAUAUGUUAACAAGGGCAGUGACAUGGCAGUAUUCGGAUUAGCAAAUCGAGUUGAUGAGAUCACGCAAUAUCAAACAGGGCGCUACAUCAGCAGUAACGAAGCAGUAUGGCGAAUAUUUGCAUUCAAUAUUCACGAACGAUAUCCAACGGUUCAACAUCUUGCUGUUCAUUUGGAAAAUGGUCAGCCGGUUUACUUCACCGAAGAAAAUGCGCAAAAUAGAGCAGAGCAACCACAAAACACAACACUGACUGCUUUUUUCGAAUUGUGUACAUCCGAAAAUUUUGCUAAAACGUUGCUGUAUCAAGAUGUGCCCAAAUAUUAUACUUGGAACACAUCGACAAAAAAGUUCAACAGAAGAAAAAGAGGUGCAAUUGUUCCAGAGCAUCCUGGUAUAUAUUCGUCCGAUGCAUUGGGACGUGUGUAUACUGUUCAUCCAAAUAACGCCGAGUGCUAUUAUUUGCGGUUGUUGCUGCAUACAAUCAAAGGGCCGACAUCAUUCCUUGCAUUGAAAACCAUCGACGGAGUAGAAUGCCAAACGUACAGAGAAGCGUGCUUUAAACUGGGCUUACUUGAGAAUGAUCAGAAUUGGAACACAACUCUGACCGAAGCAUCACUCACGUGCCAUCCAAAGCAAAUACGAACUUUGUUUGCGAUAAUUUUAACAACAUGCGCACCAUCGAAUCCUCGACAACUGUGGGAAAUGCAUCGUGAAAGCCUCAGUGAAGAUAUUCUAAGACAAGCACGUGCAAGCGAUCCAAGUCAGGAAUAUUCGGAUGACAUUUUCAAUGAAGCUUUAAUAUUAAUGGAGGACUUAUGCAUGUCAAUCAACAACAAAGCUCUUUGUCAACUCGGUAUGCCAGCACCGACACGAGAUAGAAAUGCUGUACAAGACAGAGACUUGAUGCGAGAACAGCAGUUUGAUGCAAAUCAGCUUGAACGAUUUGUGCAAACGCAAAAAGAGUUUUUAGUUGCUGAUCAGAAAAAAGCUUAUGACAAAAUCAUGCAACGUGUAACCAAAGGAGAUGGCGGAAUUAUCUUCCUAGAUGCUCCAGGAGGUACCGGGAAAACUUUCCUCAUCAAUUUAAUAUUGGCGUCAGUUCGAAUGCGAAAUGGGAUUGCAGUAGCAGUAGCAUCAUCGGGGAUUGCAUCAACACUACUUGAUGGAGGACGUACAGCGCAUUCAGCACUUAAGCUUCCAUUGAAUUUGCACCAGACCGAAACACCUACAUGCAACAUCAGCAAAAACUCUGGUAUGGCCAUAGUCCUUAAAACGUGCAAAAUUAUAAUUUGGGACGAAUGCACCAUGGCACAUAAGAAAUCGCUCGAAGCACUUGACCGAACUCUGCGAGAUUUUCGUGGAAAAGACCAACCGAUGGGAGGCGCUCUUAUACUUCUUGCAGGUGAUUUUCGUCAAACAUUACCCGUUAUACCACGAUCAACGCCUGCAGACGAGCUGAACGCGUGCUUAAAGGCAUCGCAUCUGUGGAACUAUGUCGAAAAAAUUACGCUCACAACAAAUAUGCGAGUGCAUUUGCUGCAAGAUACGUCUGCCCAAAUAUUUUCAAAGCAACUUUUAGAUAUCGGAAACGGUAAAGUUCAUAUUGAUCGCACAACAAAUGAGAUAUCAUUUCCGUCCAACUUUUGUCAAGUGCAGCAGAGCAUUCAAGACGUCAUCGACAGAGUAUUUCCGAACUUAACGAUCAACUACCGAAAUCCGGAAUGGCUCCGCGAACGUGCAAUUUUAGCUCCGAAGAACGAUGAUGUUAGUAAAUUAAACGGUCAAAUUCAAUUGAAAAUUCCAGGAGAAGCAGUCGAAUAUAAAUCGAUUGAUACAGUAAUGGACAAAGAUCAAGCUGUUAAUUACCCAACUGAACUUCAUAAUUCUUUGGAGCCACCUGGAAUGCCUCCUCAUUCGUUGGCGUUAAAAGUUGGAUCACCAGUGAUGCUUAUUCGGAACUUGAACGCGCCGAAACUGUGCAACGGAACCAGAGUGAUAAUAAAAAAAUUAACACCGAAUUUGAUCGAGGCAACAAUCAUCAGCGGUAAAUUCAAAGGCGAAGAUGUGCUAAUUCCACGUAUACCGAUGAUUUCCAACGAUUUACCGUUCGAAUUCAAGCGGCUUCAAUUCCCUUUGCGUCUUGCCUUUGCUAUAACUAUAAAUAAAGCACAAGGGCAAAUGCUUUUCACAUGGCUAAUUAUACGUCGCCUGUUCACGA